GUAUACUUUGGUAAAGAUGUCGAGGUGCAGAUAGCAGAGGCCAGUUGUCCUUUGGUUUAGCAUUCAGUUUUCAAAUGGUAUCACUCGUUCGUACAACAUCGGUGUAUGAGUUUUAAAUUACAAUUGGUCAAAAGUACCCCCCACCAAUUAUUCAAAGCGUUUCGAACCACGUUAAGGACAGGGUGCAUUUAGUUACUACGUGUCUUCAUAUAUUGUUUGGUGUCGGCAGAGUCGGUUUGAAUAUUAAGUGCUAACAGUUUUAAGUGAAUAAUCAAAUCGCAUAAAUUAUUGUGUGCUGUUGCGUAACGAGUUCAGUUUAACUAAUUAAAUUUUUCAACUUUAAUUUUAACGUUACUAGUGUUGUGACUUAAUUAAAUUUAUUUCAUUGGAUUUAAAAUGAUGUCGUCUUCACGGAUAAAUGGUUAUAUUCAUCAUCCGGUUAUGCAUAAAAAUCAAGAGAUGUCCUGCGAAGAAAAACAAUUUUUUACUCCCACAAAAUCGGGUAAACCUGAAUGGAUGAGGAAUGUGUAUUUAACGCCACCUUUGCCUGCUACACCACCGCCAAGUCCAGCUUAUUGGCAGCCUCCAAAAUAUAUCGCCCAGUACCAAAGUUCUCCAGUACCAUCACCGAGUUCAAGUUAUUGGCAUACACAUUGCAGCUUACAGCGGCAAAAUACCCCAGUAUCACCGGAAAUGCAAGCUUAUCAACAUGUUUCGCCGUGUACAUUCCAGCCUAACAUCACCCAAACGCUGCCAACCAGCCUAAGUUAUCAGCAAGCUCACUAUCUUCAGCAGCAAAGUACUCCAGCAUCUCCAGCAAUCCCAUCUUACCAGCAGGCUUUACAAUAUACUCAGUGCCAAAGAACUCAAAUGCCGGCACUGAGUUCGAGUUAUUGGAGCGCUCCAAAAUACUAUUAUCAUUAUGAAGACACACCUGUGCUUCCAACGAGUCCGGGUUACAGAUAUGGCUACGCUCCACCGCACCCUCUUCAAUGCCAAAGUACUCCAGUAAUACCGGCUGAUUUACCUGUUGAGCCUGCACCUGAAGUUAAUACAUUAAUCACACCUGUAAGCUCUGUUCAAGAUCUAGAUAAGAUAAUCCGAGAUUUUGAAACGGGUUAUUCAUCUCCACGUAAGAAAGACAAUGACUCACCUGGUGGUACUGGAAAAUUUGUUAAGAAAAUGGUUGCGGCCAUUGAACAAAAGUUUACUCCAUCUGCAUCUAAGAGUUUCCCUGAAACGAAAGUGCGACACAAUAAUUCAAAAUCAGAUUCGAAAAAUUCUUCAGGUCAAAAAUCAUUGAACGGUACACUUUUUCACGAUUCAUCAGUAAAGAGCGCAGAAAAAUCUAACCUUAAUAAUCAGGAGUCAAUGCAAAGUAAUUUUGGUUAUAAUAGUUCACCCAAGAGAGCUGGAACUUUACCUCCUGUUUAUAAACACCAGGAGUCAAUGCAAACUGAUUUUGGUUACAAUAGUUCACCUAAGAGAGCUGGAACUUUACCUCCUGUUCAUAAAUAUCAGGAGUCAAUGCAAACUAAUUAUAGUUACAAUAAUUCACCCAAGAGGACUGGAACUUUAUCCCCUGUUCGCAAACAUCAAGAGUCAAUGCAAACUGAUUUUGGUUUGAACAAUACAGUCAAAAGCGCUGAAAAAUUAUCUCCUAUUAGCAAAUAUCAGGAGUCGAUGCAAGUUGAUUUUGGUCACAACGACACUCUUAUUAUUGAUAAUGAUUCUAAUUUUGAUAUGGAAGAAGAAGCAGACUGCAAAUAUAAAACGCAACCGGUACAAAAAACUGUAUCGGCAGUGGUACAUAUUGAGCCUGAAGUUGUUUUGAGAAAGAAAAGAGAAGUAGCACCAAAACCACCAGUAAGAUCAGAGUCAUUCAACAAAAUAAAAGUUGCUCCAAAAAUAGUUGCGGCUAAAUUGAAGAAACCAAUUGAAGUUGAUCAUGAUACGGAAAUAGAAUGGAUACCAGUAAAAAAUCAAAAGUUACCGCGCAAAAAUUCAUUCAAAAAACUUUUGUCUCUUUUGACUGGUAAAAAGAAGCAACCAAACGGAAGUAAAUUUUUCUGUAACCUCAACAAGAGUAAUGAAGAAAAAAAAUCAUAUCGCGAUUCAGGAUACGUUGAGAAAUCAUCAUCAUCAUCAUCAAUUUCCUCUCAUGGAUCAUCUAAAAAUUAUUCAUCAUCUCAGCAGACCCAAGAAAAUAUUAAAUUCCCACGAAGAAACUCUGGUCUAUCAACAUUCCAACAGCCAACUGAAGAUAAUUUUGAAAAGUGGAUCGGUCAUCCUUUGGAAGACAAUACCAGCGAAAAAAGCGUCAUCAUUACUGACGAUAUGAUCAAUAAAAAGGACAGAAUGAUAUUAAAUGAAAUCGAUAGAUCCGAAGUAAGAACUUCUCUGGGUCCUUUCUAUCCAUUGCCUUCUAAAAAUAUUUUCACAGACAUCAAGAAAAAGUUACGAGAAAAUUCAGCGAAAACGAGCUCAUCGAAAAUAUCAAAAGAAUUUAUCAAUAGUUCACUGCUGUCUUCAUUUUCCAACAAAUCUCCAGUCGGUUCUCCGCAGCAGAAACGGUCAAGUCUAUGCUUAGACCGCGAACUAGAAUCAGGUAACUCAUACAAGUCACUCGAUAUAUUUAAUCCAGCUCUGCAAUUGCCUUCAUGGAAAUUUCCAUCCGACGAAAUUGUCUACGAUCAUCCUAAAAAUAAUUGGUCACAAUCCGAGCCAUAUAUUUUCGAGGCAUCACUAAAUUACAAUCAACAAUUCAAAGUGCCGGUUAACGAUGAAUCUGAAUAUCAUGUACCAAAAAUCCACAUGCAGACAAGACCCAAGUCUAGCAUUUAUGAAGACGCGCUGUCAGUUAAAAGGCGCACCGAAAGUUUUGGAACAAGACCAGAGACGCCGAACUUUUUUGUACCUCAGGACACCGAAGAGAUACACUUUGCAACGAUAAAACCAAGACCGAGGGUACUAUCGAGCCAACAAAUACUGAAGUUGAUGGCUGACGAUGAGAGUAAUCAGCUCCGCUCACCCUAUCUCGUCAAAAAUCUCGUCUUUAAUUAACUGAUUUUCAACAAAUUAAUUUUAGCAGAAAUUUGAGUCAGCUCCAGUAUUUUUGUAAAAUAUUUAUCAUUCAUUUAAUUUAUUUUUUUAUAUAUUUUAAUGAUACAUUUUUUAAAAGACAGUAAAUAAUUGAGGCUCAGUCAAUAGUAUCGUAAAAUAAACUCUUAGAGCAAUCAAUAAAAUGAUUGAACUUUCUCUCAAGAGACAAUUAUUGCAAUGAUUAACUUAUAAAUAUAAAUGUAUAUAUAAAUGUCAUUGAGUCCAUUGUAUUUGGAUAAUUAUAGCAAAUAUCUCAAUGUGAUCUCAUAUUUUAUCAACAGCAUUUAAAAAUAAACUCUUGGAGCUAUCAGUUAAAUGAUAGAGUUCUCUUAAGAGACAAUUAUUCUAUAAUUAUAUUCUACAGUAACACAAAAAUCGAGUCCAUUAUAUUUGAGCAUCGAAUAUCUAAAUGUGAUCUUUUAUAACAUUAUAAAUAAACUGGAGCCUCAAUUAUUAUUUAAGUAAUUAUUAGAAUUAAUAAUUAACCAAAUAAUAAAAUUAAGAUAAAUAUUUUUUACAUCAAUGGUUUAUUAAAAAUCAUUUAAUAAUAUAUUACAUAACUAGGGCAGUAAAAUAAGAAAAGUCUCAGAGCAAACAUGUGGUCUGAGGCUUUCCUUUUUACUGGCCAAGGUGCGUAUACUAUUUUUCUGCUCGACGAAGCCGGAAAGUUGCAACUUCGUUCAGGGCAGCGGCCCGAAAGUUUCCACUUUCCGGCCGGAGGGCAGAAAUAUAAAUUAUUGUGUU